CGCUAUUCAUUCAGGUUUACAAUAUGAAACAUGAUGUAAUUAAUGUGCAAUAAGGAAGUAGCUCCUAUAUUAACCGAUGAUAUCUGUACUUUAUAUGAAUAUGCUUUUAUGUCAUAAAUACGACCUUAUUCAAAUCUACGAGUACUUCAUUUUAUUGCAAAAAAAAGUUCAUUUUCUAUCAUUAUUUCAAAAUAGUAAAAUAAUACAUUUAGUUGUUUUAUUUGCAAGUUUCUUUGUUUUUUUAUAGCAUAUCUUUUGAACGUUUAUGUGAUUAUCUUUGUUUACAAUCAAUUAUAAUUGAACAAAUCGUAGCAAAAUUUAUGCGACGCAGUUAUUAA